AUGAACACAGCUCGAGCAGGCAGAGUCGGAGUCAACAGGGUCCAGCUCUUCCAACUGGCCGGCUCACUCGACGCUGUAGUAGCCGUUGUUGGGAAAUAUCCCGAGACAGGUACAGGCGAGACGAAGUACGACCAAUUCAUCGCCCACCUAGUUGCUGACCCCGAGGCCGAGCGCGGCCAGCUAGUCGCCGACGAAUACCAAUUCCCGGUCGAGGAACCCCAGGAGGACGCGUAUUAUAUCGUGGAGUGCUUCGAGAAUGAGCACCAGAACCGCAAAAACUACGCGGAUUGCACUUUCAAGUGCACCCAUGCCCCCUUGCCCUCCCUCUUCCCAAAUCUGAACUGGACUUUCGAAAAGGGGCACUCAAGCUACGACCAGCGAAGGGCAGAGUUCGGACGCAAGUCGGACCUGGACAACGCCUCUCAGGCUCCCAAGGCCGCCCCCAGGCCGGGGUACGAGGCCGCCCUCGACCGCCUGAAAGUCAUGGUGAGUGAGGCCACGUCGCUCGGGCUUCGUGCCCUCCGGCUCGUCAUAUCGGCCACCAACCCGCUCACUCUGCCGCCUCACAAGUUUUCAGACCAGCGCGUGGGGGAGCAGCAGGCGCUGAUCAACCGCUGCGCGCAGGUCUGCCAUGAGAUUGGCGGCCAUGUCGACAUGGAGUUGAGGAAUGUCGACUCGCUGCGCAAGUUUAUAGGCCCGACAAAUGUCUCGCGGCCCUAUACCAUUCAGGACCACGCCAUCCCCAAGUGGCAGUAA